UGGUAAAUGGUAACCUGCUCAACCACUACGACCAGCAAACCGCCGCUCUGGCCAUGGAGCCCUUCCACCCGAUGGUGAAUUUGGAAUGUUCCCGUGAUUUCCGCCCGUUCCUGUGCGCUCUCUACGCCCCGGUGUGCAUGGAGUACGGCCGGGUGACGCUGCCGUGCCGCCGCCUGUGCCAGCGCGCCCACAGCGAGUGCUCCAAGCUCAUGGAGAUGUUCGGCGUCUCCUGGCCCGAGGACAUGGAGUGCACCAGGUUCCCGGACUGUGACGAGCCCUACCCUCGCCUGGUGGAUCUCAGCUCGGCCGCCGAGCCCACGGAGGAGGCUCCGGCCGCCGUUCAGCGCGAUUACGGCUUCUGGUGUCCCCGCGAGCUGAAAAUCGACCCGGAGCUGGGCUACUCCUUCCUCCGCGUGCGCGACUGCUCCCCGCCGUGCCCCAACAUGUAUUUCCGCCGCGAGGAGCUCUCCUUCGCCCGCUACUUCAUCGGCGUCAUCUCCAUCGUCUGCCUGUCGGCCACGCUCUUCACCUUCCUCACCUUCCUCAUUGACGUCACGCGUUUCCGCUACCCGGAGCGCCCCAUCAUCUUCUACGCCGUCUGCUACAUGAUGGUGUCGCUCAUCUUCUUCGUGGGCUUCCUGCUGGAGGACCGCGUGGCCUGCAACGCCUCCAGCCCCUCGCAGUACAAAGCGGCCACGGUGACGCAGGGCUCGCACAACAAAGCCUGCACCAUGCUCUUCAUGGUGCUCUACUUCUUCACCAUGGCCGGCAGCGUCUGGUGGGUGAUCCUCACCAUCACCUGGUUCUUGGCCGCCGUGCCCAAAUGGGGCAGCGAGGCCAUCGAGAAGAAAGCGCUGCUGUUCCACGCCAGCGCCUGGGGCAUCCCGGGCACGCUGACCRUCGUCCUGCUGGCCAUGAACAAAAUCGAGGGUGACAACAUCAGCGGCGUCUGCUUCGUCGGCCUCUACGACGUGGACGCGCUGCGCUAUUUCGUGCUGGCGCCGCUGUGCCUCUACGUGGUGGUGGGAGUGUCCCUCCUCCUGGCCGGCAUYAUCUCCCUCAACCGCGUGCGCAUCGAGAUCCCGCUGGAGAAGGAGAACCAGGACAAGCUGGUCAAGUUCAUGAUCCGCAUCGGCGUUUUCAGCGUGCUCUACCUGGUGCCGCUGCUGGUGGUGAUCGGCUGCUAUUUCUACGAGCAGGCGAAUCGCGGCGUSUGGGAGACCACGUGGAUCCAGGAGCGCUGCCGGGAAUAUCAUAUUCCCUGUCCUUUCCAGGUGAGGAACGCGAAUCGGAGCGCCGCGGAUUCCUGGUGCUGGCUCAUCCAGUUGGGAUGA